GGUUCUGACUGAGUGAGUUGUUCCCGUGGCAGCAGGGAAAGGUACGGAGGCAUGAAUGACAUGUGUUGGCCCCUCCUCCUCCUGCUGCUCUGCUGCGCUGCAGAGUUUGAAGCGCAACAGCCCGGAGAGCGCAGCAGCGACUUCACCGCUGCGACUUUGAUGACAGGGUUUUUUUGAAGCAGUCGAUGAGCGCGUUUGAAGUGCCUUGCUGGUGAAGACACGGGAGUCGAGUCUCGACCUGCGGUUCCUCCUCUACCAGCCGGACCAAGAUGAGAUUCCUGAUCUGUGUGAUCGCGGUCGCCGUGGCGGUGAGAUCUGCGCACGGAGGUACCAAGUCUGACGAGCCGUGUGCAGGCCGCGACUGCAGCAAAGGAUGCAAGUGCAUCCCGGAGAAAGGUGGCAGGGGUCGUCCCGGACCCCUGGGUGAGGUCGGUCAGCCCGGACCGGAGGGGCCUCGGGGUGGCAUCGGGCAUCCGGGACCUAAAGGAGAGAAAGGCCACGGUGGACUGAAAGGACCAUCCGGCCCAAAAGGAGACAAGGGGCCGAUGGGAGUGCCGGGGUUCUCAGGACGCGAUGGAGUACCUGGUCACCCCGGUCAGGAGGGCAGCAGAGGACCACCAGGACACGACGGCUGUAACGGCACCAGAGGAGAUCCAGGAGAGCCCGGGUUUGGGGGGAUAGGCGGACCUGGAGCACCUGGAUUCACUGGGCCUACCGGGCCGAAGGGUCAGAAAGGAGAACCUCGAUACAUCUCUGACGACGGCUUCACGAGUUUACCAGGUUUACCAGGACGGGACGGUGCACCUGGUGUCAGAGGUCCUGAUGGUCCACCUGGGUUCCCUGGUCCCAGUGGCCCGGAUGGAUUCCCCGGCCCGCCUGGUCCUCCCGGUCCCCCGGGGCCAGUGGGGAGCCGUAGUGACGGAUAUCGAGGCGAGAGAGGAGACAAGGGCGACGUGGGCUUGCCCGGCGACCCCGGCCAGCCAAUGAUCAAUGGCGUUGUGGAGUUUGUGGGUUUUCCCAAAGGAGACAAAGGAAUGCAGGGUGAACCUGGUCCAAAAGGAAUCAGAGGAUAUUCCGGCAGUCCUGGUAGACCCGGACCAUUUGGCUUUCGUGGUGAAUAUGGAGAGAAAGGCAUUCCUGGAUACCCCGGGGCAAGAGGUCCUCCUGGUUUUAACGGGCCUCCUGGGGUUCUAGGACAACCGGGAGCGAGAGGCAGCCCAGGUUUCCCCGGACAACCAGGAUACAUAGGACCCAAGGGAGACCAGGGAGAACCCGGCGCACCAGGACCUGUAUCUUAUGUCGGUGAUCUUGGCACUGCUGUCAAAGGACCUCCAGGUGACCCAGGUCUAGAUGGCCUGCCUGGUCCCCGCGGUGACCUAGGACCCCCAGGAUACUCGGGACCUCCAGGACAACCAGGCAUUGGUGGUUUUGGUUCAGGUACUGGACGGCCAGGAUUCCCUGGGACCCCAGGUCCAAAGGGAGAGACAGGUGACCCAGGCAUACCCGGUUACGGCACAGAGGGCGGCCCCGGCUCCCCUGGACUCCCCGGACCCCCCGGCAACCCUGGACCUCCAGGCCCUUCUAGUUCGGACACAAGUUACCCGUCAAGUAUCCCCGGAGAGCCUGGUUUGCCUGGACCACGAGGAGGGCCUGGUAACACGGGAUACAAAGGCUUCAGAGGUGAUCCUGGCGACUGUAACUGCAUCGGAGGAGGCGUCUCAGGGCUCCCUGGGUUACCUGGACCCCCAGGAACCAAUGGAGCCCCCGGCUAUGCUGGACGAAAGGGUGAGCCUGGUGACUCUGGCACACCGGGCUUUGGCGGCGUUCAGGGACCUCCUGGUCGUCCUGGUGACAGGGGUUUCUUUGGUCGUAAGGGAGAGAAGGGGGCGUCUUUCUACCCCAAUCUAGGUCUGGGGGAGAAAGGAGAGCUUGGAUCUACUGGACCCAGAGGACCUACAGGCGAAACUGGAAAACCCGGCAGAGACGGCCUUCCUGGCUUCCCUGGAUCCCCUGGACCCCCAGGUGACGCUGGCUAUGGCACGCUGGGAGAGAAAGGUUUCCCAGGUUACCCGGGGGCUAAGGGUCGUCCCGGUGGUCCUGGUGAGCCCGGUGUUGGGUACGUUGGAACACCUGGCUUUCGCGGAGAGCCUGGAGACCCCGGAAUACCGGGGCUGCCAGGGACGCCAGGUUCACCUGGACCAAAAGGUGAAAACAGCUGUGGAGGGGUUAAUGACGCCGGAGAGGGAACGGGACAAGUGCUACCUUGCACCAUACCUGGUGAGGAAGGAGACCCCGGCGUGCCUGGUGUACCCGGACGACCAGGUCCUAAAGGUCAGCCAGGUUUCCCAGGAGGCCCUGGACGUCCAGGGUUUGAUGGACCCAAAGGAGAGAGAGGAGACCCCGGUUACGGAGGCCAGCCAGGGCCGCAAGGUUUCCCCGGACCCAGAGGAGACCCCGGACUUCCAGGUGGUCCAGCACAGGGUUAUGAUGGAGCCAGAGGGAAGGAUGGUGUUCCAGGGCGCCCUGGAGCCAAGGGUCAGCCCGGAGAGGUACUGGGAGCCACACCUGGAGCACCAGGAAGGGACGGUAUACCGGGAGCCUCUGGAGACAAGGGCCAGCCUGGGACACCGGGAGCACCUGGAUUACCUGGCGCCGAUGGACGCUUCGGUGUUCCUGGGCGGAAGGGAGAGCGUGGAGUCGACGGAAUUCCCGGUACGCCCGGCACUAUCGGACCUCCAGGCGAGGCAUUUGGCAGCAUCCCCAGCCAACCCGGACUUCCUGGCAAUCGAGGACCGAGCGGAUCACCAGGCUGCCAAGGUUUCCCUGGACGCAAGGGAGACAGAGGAGACCCAGGUUUCCCAGGGCCUGCUGGAAUGAAGGGAACCCCAGGCCUGCCCGGCUUAACUGGAACACCAGGCCCAAGGGGACCCCCUGGACUUGCCGGACCGGGAACUAGAGAGGGAAUCCCAGGAAUACCAGGACGGAAAGGUAGGCUGGGGCUGCUGCUGGUUGUCACAGUUUAUCUUCUUCCUCUUACAGAGACAAUAAUGUUGAUCCUCCUGUGUUCAUCCACAGGUGAGAUUGGUUUCCCAGGACUGGUGGGCUUCCCUGGACUACCAGGUCGCCCCGGAAGCCCAGGGUUCCCUGGAAGAAAAGGAGAAGGUGGAGUGCCCGGAAGAAAUGGACUCCCUGGCGGCCCCGGGUUCCCUGGACUGAAAGGUGACAGAGGAAACCCUGGACCCCCUGGCUUGCCCUCUCCUCCUGUUAGACAAGAGUAUGUGGAGAAAGGAGAACCUGGAACCCCCGGGAGCAGCGGCCUUCCUGGUUUCCCCGGACCCAGAGGUGACAAAGGUUUUCCAGGUCUACCUGGUCGUCAGGGUCUCCCUGGACUUCCUGGUUAUGCCGAGCAGAGUAAAGGACAGCGGGGAGAUCCUGGGUUCCCAGGGCGACCGGGAGGUCCAGGCUACCCCGGACCAAAGGGAGAACCUGGAAUCAUGGGAUUCCCUGGCAUGUCUGGACCAAGGGGCGAUGAUGGUGCAACUGGUUUACCUGGAAACCCUGGAGAGUACGGUCGUCCUGGUGGUAAAGGUCAACCCGGAGAUACGUUUGGUUAUCCUGGAGCUUCAGGAGCUAAAGGACAACCAGGAGAUUCAGGCUACCCAGGUGGGCGUGGCAACGACGGCACCCCCGGUGACAAUGGCUUCCCAGGAGGUCCAGGUUACCCCGGAGCGAAAGGAGCUCCUGGUGAAGGAGGUCGUCCUGGAAUAACGGGCUCUCCUGGUUUCCCUGGGCCAAAGGGACAGUCCGGCUACCCUGGAAGAAGAGGAGGAGACGGAUCUCCUGGAGGUCCUGGAAGUCCUGGAGGUCCUGGAACCAAAGGCUUGCCUGGAUCCCCUGGUUUGGACGGACUUAAUGGACUUGGUGGACCUAAAGGUCUUCCUGGAACCCCAGGUGUGAACAUCGGAGGUCGCCCAGGUGCCCCUGGUAUUCCAGGACAGAAGGGAGAGAGAGGCAUCUCCUACCCUGGAGGUCCAGGAUUCCCUGGAGCAAAGGGAGAGAGAGGAGAUUCAGGUGGUCCUGGACUCCCAGGGUUCCCCGGUCGGCCCGGACCUCCCGGUCCGACUGUGGGGUCAGAUAUUCCUGGGCCACAAGGUGACCCUGGCCUGCCUGGACUGGAUGGAGAGUACGGUUUUCAAGGUCGUCCAGGUCCGCCCGGGCCACCUGGUCCAGGCACAGCCCAGGGAGACAGAGGUGACCCUGGGCUCCCAGGCUUCCCUGGAUCCCCUGGCAGAAAAGGAGAAUCAGGAGGCCCUGGAGGCCUCGGACUCCCAGGCAGUUCUGGUUUCAAAGGCGAACGAGGUGAGACCGGCUUCAGUGGCGGUCCCGGUCUUAAGGGUUUCCCCGGUGACCCUGGUUACUAUGGAAUCAAAGGAGCGAAGGGACCUCCAGGGCCUCCGGGUCGUAAGGGUUUUCCUGGAUCUGUGCUUCCUUAUGUACGUCCGCCGUUGCCGAGACAGUUCGGAGACUCAGGCUAUCCUGGUGAGAGUGGAGGCUCCGGUUUCCCCGGAGAGCCCGGUCAGCCUGGACUGCCUGGACGUCCAGGUCCCAAGGGUCGCCCCGGUCCCAUAGGUAAACUUGGCAGAACUGGACCUGCUGGUCCGUCCGGACAAAUCGGUGACGCCGGGCCUCCUGGUUUCCCUGGACCCACUGGAGAACAAGGUCAGCCCGGUAAACCUGGUCGUCCCGGCAUUCCUGGGCCUGCCGGCCGUGGUUCCAGCAUUGGCUACACUCUGGUGAAGCACAGCCAGGACUCGCAGGUCCCCAUGUGUCCUCAGGGCAUGGCCAAGCUGUGGGACGGAUACAGUCUGCUGUACGUGGAGGGACAGGAGAAGGCUCACAACCAGGACCUCGGUCAGCCCGGGUCAUGCCUCCCCCGCUUCAGCACCAUCCCCUUCCUCUACUGCUCCCCCAGCGAGGUCUGCUACUACGCCAGCCGCAACGACAAAUCCUACUGGCUCUCCACGACAGCGUCCAUACCCAUGAUGCCUGUGGCCGAGGGGCAGAUCCAGCCGUACAUCAGCAGGUGUUCUGUGUGUGAGGCGCCGUCUCAGGCCGUGGCGGUCCACAGCCAGGACAUGACCAUCCCGACCUGUCCUCCCGGCUGGAGGAGUCUCUGGAUAGGAUACUCCUUCCUCAUGCACACAGCAGCUGGCGCCGAGGGCGGCGGUCAGUCCCUGGUGUCUCCCGGCUCGUGCCUUGAGGACUUCCGCGCGACGCCAUUCAUCGAGUGCAACGGUGCCAAGGGCACCUGCCACUACUUCGCCAACAAGUACAGCUUCUGGCUCACCACCGUGGACCCCAGGCAGGAGUUCGUGUACUCGCCUGGGCAGGAGACCCUGAAGGGAGGCCAGGAGCGCUCCAAAGUCAGCCGCUGCCAAGUCUGCAGCAAGCUCUUGUAGGAGGAGGCGACCGGAGGGAGGAGGCGGUGACAAGAACGCCUCAGAGGAAAACUAAAAUAAAGAGGUGAUGGAGGAUGAGAUGAUCUAUAAAGAAAUCUAUAAGAAAAACACGAACACGUGACUGACUGAAAAUGACUGGUGGGUUCAGGAUCGAGGUCGUUUUUAGAGUUUCUGAUCCGCUUUAGGAAUGAAUGGCUUGUUUUAAAGGAGGAGGAGGGCUCCAGUGUGACGGCUCUCCUCUAGAUUAUCACUGACAAUGGUGCUAUUGUUUAUGUUCUCUGUGUUUUUAUUUUGUGUCUUGUGUUUUUAUCUUAUAACCGUUUUAUUUUUUUGGCGGGAAUCAUUCUCGGCUACCUCGGAGAGUGCCACCACCACGACCACCCCAACCUUUUUUCGGUUAGCACUGCGCCGCUAACACGUAGCUUCAGAUGAGUCGGUUCAGAUGGUAAAGUCCAACACAGCUAUAAAUCGUAAGGUCUUAACAUUAGUUUCUGAGCUGAUCGAUCUGAAGUAGACGACACAUGACAGGUUCAGUGACACAGCCGCCAUUAAAACAUCACUUAUUUUGUAUUUACGACAAGCUGACACCACUUUUACCGCGGUCAUGUUACAGAUCAUGUCGCCCUUUGAAAAACAAACUGGUGGUUUCACAUGUUUUUUCAGGAAUUCUUUCAUCGGUUAUCAAGCAUUUCAUCACAGGACUGAAAUCAGAUAGCUGAGAAUCGAUACUUUGCUUGAGGUUGAGUAUAUGUUGCAUUAUUGUUGCUGUAUUCAUGCAUUUAAGGAAACAUAUCUAAAGGCGUCUGAGAUGUAAAAGAGUGCAACUGUUCUGAAGCCAAUUUACAGUUGUUGCAUUAAAUCAGAUUCUAGAUGAACAACAACAGAUUUUUUUAACAGCUGCUUCAUAAUAUCCAUGUUUUCUCAAUAAGAAACAUAGAAAGUAAAACUUUCAAUUGUCAGAUAUUAAGUCUCAGAGCUUACAGAGCAAUUCUUUACUGAAAAUCUGUCAUUUUUUGCAUUGAGUUUGGUUUGAAUCUAUUUAAACAUAUUUGACUGAUUUGCAGUGAUAAGAAAAGACAUCUAACAUGAGAAUCUUAUAAUUUUUUACAUUGAGUUUGGUUAAUAAUGUCAUCUAAGAGUCUCGACAUAGUUGUUUAAGGCAGAAAAUAACCAGAUUUUUCAACAUCUGUUUGAUAAUUUCCAGUUUUGCUCAUAUAUUAUCCAAGAAAGAGCUUACAGCGCUUUUAAUGAAAAGUAAACCAUUCCAAAAAAAAGGCAACUAGAUUUUUGUUGUAUCAAGGAAAUUACAAAUCCACCAAGUUGUUUUCAUAUCUUACAAACAUUAUUUUAAACCAGUAACCACCUGGAUAUUAAGAUAUGUGUCCAAAACAAAUAAUCUUUCCAUAAUUUUGUAGCCAUUAUGCAAAAACAUGUGAAACGACCGGCUUUACUCUCUAGUGUAUAUUUCACAUAUACGACUCUACGGUGCUACUUCACCCUGACGUUUGACUUGAACAGGCGACAUUUAAAAACACGUUUGUAUUAAACUGCACGCAAUAAAAAGGCUCACCAGCACUUUUCCUCUAAAACGAACAAAAAAAAAACAGAACCUCUGCCACAGUCAGCUGUAGGAAAGAAUGACUUGAAUGAGGCCACCCAUUCAUUCAUAUAUAAUAUAUAUAUAUAUAUUGCACUGAUGUGAACUCAAAUGGGUCAGAACCAACAAACAAGUCAAAUCAAAGGGGCAUGUUUUCACCUUCACACCUUUCUCUCCUUAUGUUGUGACCAAAGUACACACAUACGCUCUUAUAGAUUGUUAAUUAUUGCUGUACAUAGUGCUUACUGUAUUUUCCCAGCAAAGUAUGUUAGAGCAAAAGUCUAUAAUGCUGUUAGCUCUUUAUUUUGUUUUUCAUUUUUUCCUUCCAGUCUAUGUGUCAUUUCUCUGUCCCAGGAUAAGAUCGAGGAACAAGUUCUCUGCCUGUAAAUGUGGAUUUUGCAGCCAUUUUUGUGACUGAGGUAGCAUGUAAAACCAUACAGUAUCAGAAAUUAUUUUUUUUUUGCAUUGAGUUUGGUUCGCAAUGUAAAAUAAAAGCCAUGAACGAGCUCCAAGAAUAAGUAAAGAAACGUAGGAUUAGAAUUCGUCAUUUUUUGCAUUGAGUUUUGUUUGCAAUGAAAAUUAAGUCUCGACUGAGUUGCAGUAAUAAGCAAAGACUUGUAAACAUUAGAAAUUAUAUUUGUUUACACUGAAUUUGGUUUCAGAUGUCUUGAAUGGCUUGAACUGUAGUUGCAGACACAAAGAAAAGAUCAGAAUUGAUCGUUCUUUACAUUGAGUUUGGUUUGCAGUGUAAAUGGAAAGUCUCGACUGUGUUGCAGCACUGUGGCCUCAGACACGCAAGACCAGAAUCACCCUUUUUUCCGUGGACUCUGGUUUGAUCUCCUCCUCACGUUACGUUAUCCUCGGACAGUGAAAGCUCCACUGGGUGACGUGUAACCACUAUGACCGCUGUGUCAGCACAUAGCUCUGUCUCUCUGCUGGUAGCCCUGAUUUUUAUUACUUUACGUCACAUUUUACUUUUAUUUUCCUUCUUCCUAUUCAUUUUUUUUAUUUUUUAUUUUUUUGCCAGCCUUUGUUGUUUUGUAAUCUAGAUUGUAAUUAUUUUACCUUAAAUCAUGAUACUAUCCCCUGGUUUUAUGUACUGAGAUGGGAGGGAAUGGGAAGAUAAAUAUGUGUACAUUAAAUAUUAUGGAGAAAAAAAAAUGCCUUUAGGAUUAUUGUUUUUAUAUGGAAAAUAUAUUCAACACUGAUGAUUCAACAGACGCAACAACUGUUUUUACUGUCUGUUCGGUCUUUUACCCCCACGUUCCUAAAACCGAGGAUGUUUAACGCUGCAGCAUCCUGUAAGUGCCUGGAGCGACAGAAGAAAUGCAGUUCUCCUCAAAGAGGAUCCAUAACAAGAAAUGGUUAUAACAUGUCUGUUACUGUAAUGUGUAUUUCUGUGCUCACACACUUUGAAAUAAAGUCUCAAAACUAA